CGGAAGUAGCGGGGCGGGGCAAAAGAGGCGCGGACCUCAGCGGCUGAUGGCAGGUUUGGUGCGUACUUCAGGUGGCCAACUGUGGCAUGUUCUGCCUCGCGGACUGUGGCUUUGGAGCCCGGCGGAGAGGACUGCGAAGGUCUUAUUGAGGCAGUGCUGUGCGUGCCAGGACGAGUUAUGGCGGGUCUCGGGGAGCCGUGGCGCCUUCCUGGGAGGCCGACCCUUCAGCACAGGGUCGCCACAACCGUCGGGGUCAUCAGGGCCGGAGCCUAAGGGUCACGGAGACCCCACGCGCCCCUCGAAACCUGGGCCUGUUUCCUGGAAGUCUUUAGCAAUCACAUUUGCUAUUGGAGGGGCUUUACUGGCUGGGAUGAAGUACUUCAAGAAGGAAAAGACAGAAAAGCUGGAGAAGGAACGGCAUCGAAGCAUUGGGAAGCCUUUACUUGGCGGACCGUUUUCCCUAAUAACCCAUGUUGGAGAGCCCAAAACUAACAAGGACUACGUCGGCCAGUGGGUGUUGAUUUAUUUUGGUUUCACUCAUUGCCCUGAUAUCUGUCCAGAAGAACUGGAAAAAAUGAUUCAAGUUGUGGACGAAAUCGAUAGUAUUCCAAGUCUCCCAAAUUUAACUCCACUUUUCAUCACUAUUGAUCCGGAAAGGGACACAAAAGAAGCCAUUGCAAAUUAUGUGAAAGAAUUUUCUCCCAAGCUAAUUGGCUUGACCGGCACAAAAGAAGAGAUCGACCAAGUGGCCAGAGCUUACCGAGUGUAUUACAGCCCCGGCCCCAAGGAUGAGGAUGAAGACUACAUAGUGGAUCAUACAAUAAUAAUGUACUUGAUUGGACCAGAUGGUGAGUUCUUAGAUUAUUUUGGCCAGAACAAGAAGAAUGCAGAAAUAGCUGGUUCAAUUGCUGCACACAUGCGGGCCCACAAGCAGGCACAGAAGAAGACUUAGCCAGAGCCGUGUUGCCAGGUACUGUGUUUUGCCAAAGAGGAAGGAAGCUUGGUCUUCAUAAGCGCUGGUGUAUAUUAUGCAACCUAAAGAAUGGCCUUCGUACCAUAAGAAUGUAUGAUUUUUAGUUAAGAUUAGCUUAGGGUUCAGUCAGGAUUCUUGGAACUCGGAAGAUGACAGCCCGUCUCCCAGUAGCCCCUGGGAAUCCAGAGGACCAAGUUAAAGUGAGGCCAGGGGAGAGCACGCCUCGCCUCCCCACAGGAGGGAUGGUGGCAGACGUCUCCUUGGGAACAGGCCUCUCUGAGCAGCCCGGCCACCUCGUCGGAGUCUCAGACCCUUGCUGCCACACAGUAUAAAGCUGAAUUCCCAGAAAAGAACGUACUCUCUGCAGUGCUUUGCCUUCCUCACCUCGAGUUCUUGGUGGCUGGUAACCAUCAAGUCAGAUGCUGCUAUUCAAAGUUCAUCUUUAUACUUAAAGCAAAAACCAAGUCUUUGACAGCUAGCCUCCCUGUCCUGUUGUACUCCAUUCCCCCAUCAGCAGAUGCUGAUUUGACCAGAGUAUAGAAAAGAUCCGUUGUUUCAAGAAAACAUUUCUUUGAUUCUUCUAUGGAUCUUUUUGUGAUUUUUUUUUUAACUGAAUGAUCUGCCAGGUUUUCAGUGAUGUACCAAAUGGAAAUAACAAAAUUGUUCAUGAAAAUGUGAAAUAAUAUUUUUCUGCAUUUAUUAAGAUUAUACUGCAUGUAAAGUAAAGGUGUGUUGAGAUUUGCAACUUGCACAAGCGUGACUUCUCUCCUGGGUAGAGUGGGUAUGUAGAUGGCAGCCUAUGGCAUACAACACAGAGCCCUACAGACCAACGUGGGUAGGCAGAUGGGUACUCAUUAAAUACUGACUCCCAGGCCCAGGGCUGCCCAGUCUUGGGUAAUGCGGAGACCUGCAUUCCAGACUGCCUGUAAACUCACAGGGAUGCUUCUGAAGAAGUAACGUGAGCCUCCCUUUGGUGUGUCGAAAAUAUGAUUGAUGCACAAUAGAACGAAUCUUGGCUUUGCUUUCUGAGUUUUACUUUCCUAUACUUGACUGGUUUACGUGAGCAUGAUCAUCACCUUUUUUCCACUUGGAGAAGGUCUCUUAAAAGUUCUCAGUAAAUUCUGAAAUGCAACCAACUAUAAGACCUAUUUGGAAAAUGGAUUAUUUUUGCACAUCAGUUACAUUUUUACAUGCACAUGAUACAGUCCUCUUUGGGUUUUUUAAUUCUCAAUACUUAACAUAGUGGUACCUUUUUUCACAAACUUAAUGAGGUCCACAAUUCUGGAGAAAAUGGCCAUAUUCAUUUUCGUACAAGAAAGAUAACCAUGUUUGUGUUUGGUACCUGAUGGCAGAAUUCAUAAACAAAAAAAUUUUUUUGCCAGGUGCUUCUAUUUUUGAGCCAGAGUAUGCAUAGACUUGUUCAUGAACCAAGGUGCCACAGUACAAAUAUCAAAGGGAAAGAAGAAAACAAAAAACAACUAGAAGUAUUUAGCUGAAUCGUGCCUCCCAUAAUUCUUAGGUCAGAGUCCUAACUCCAAUACAUGGCCAGAUUUGAAUAUAAAGUGUUUAAAGUAUAAAUUAAAAUGCACCCAUUAUGAAAGGCCCUCCAAAGGCCAAUAUUACUGACGUCAAGAGUUAAAAAAAACACGAUGACAGGACCACAUGAAAAUACAAAAGAGGUCCACAGGUCAUGAGAAGUCUCCAGAAAAACCACCAUAGCUGGCACCUUGAUCUUGGCCUUCCAACCUCCAGAAACUUGAGGAGAUAAAACAUCCUGUGAACUAUGGUCCGUGGUGUAUUGUUAAGGCAGCCCUAGCAAACCAGUACAAUAGCUUAUUCCUUAAACAACUCUUAAUAUUUAGUUCACCCCCUAAGUAGCUGGUUUGGAAUAACUCAGGAACCUUAUCAAGAGAGUAAAGAACUUAAUACAAGACUAGUCUCAUCCGACAAGAAAGAUAUUAAAGUUCUAAAAUGUCAACCCUUUGAAAAGAUGGUCUGUUUUAAGCCACACAGCACUUGUGUGGAUCGCUUUGCAGCAAGCUUGCUCUCAGAUAAAAUGUAGUCUUCAUUCUCAGCUGUUGCAGGUUGGAGCUGGUGUAAUGAUCCAGAAAGGGAACAGCAGCUUUUUAAGAAAUGUCUCAUUUGCUCUUCAUUCCAGUAUCAGGCUUAAAGGCUUAGAGUCGGGCUGCUGGAGGCAGGCUGGCACAGGGCCUCAUAAUGAUCCUUUCCACGAACAGACAUGCCCUUAUUAUUAGGAGUAAGAUUGAGUCUUGCUUUCUGUUCUGGUCUCUGCUCAUUUCCCUGCUAUGGGAUGCUGUGGUGACCUUGUGAACCCAUCCAAAUCUAGGGGUUCCACGGGACAGGGCAACCUUUUAACUCUGUGUGCUGGGAAAUCAAAAUCAGGCUCCCAUUCAGUCAAGUCAUACAUACCUGAAUAGGUUAGAGUUUUUACUUUAAUGGGAUUAAUAUUUUUAAGAAUUGCUAUUUGUUUGAAAACUCUAAGAAUCCCGUCAGUGCAAGAGGCAUGAAAAUAACGCAAGUGGCUGUUGAUGAGGCAGCUGAUACUGUGAGUCCAAGAACUGAGAUUUACAGGGAACCAGUAAAGCACCCAGCCAAUAGGCUGCAAACAGGAACUCAGUGAGGUGAUUUGGAAGUGUAAAUGCAUCUGCGUAGGUUUGAAAAUCUCCUGUUAUGUUUUAAAUCUAAACUUAAAAAUUAAUACUUGAACCAUAAUCUCCCAAAUAACUGUGGUUUUUUUUUUUUUUUUUUAAUUUUAUUUAAGAGGAAAAAGAGAAAAACACAAAACAAAACAAAGUGGUGUAAGGGUACACGUAAUACAGAACUACAAAAAAAAAAACAUAAUAGUAAGAAAUCACCUGCUAAUAGAUUACAUAUUAUCAUCUUGGAAAUAGUUGCUCAAAUCACAGUAUCAAAGAAUACAAAGUGAACAUUCAAACAGAGAGACUGCAAACAGCUGUGUUCAAUGAUCCAAAAACAUUAAUAUAGUCAGCUAUUUAACACCCCUAAACACAAUUGUUGUUAUAUCCAUAGAGCUCUUUUUGUUUUUUCCUUCUCUUUUUUACAACAAAAUUUACACAUUUUGGAUUUUAUUACUCCUAGUCCUUAUUACUUUUUUGGGGGGAAGAGAAUAUAGUCAAAUAUGGAAAACAAAGCUGCCACUCAAAACCAAGGAUAGACAUAGCACAUGAUGUAGAACAGAGUACAAGGUUAUCAACAAUGGUUAUCAAAAUUGUCUCUUGUUUCCUUAAAAAGAAUAGUCUAUCUCAUUAGAUAUUAUAAAGUUGGACAAAACAGUAGAGAACAAGACCAAUAAAACUUAGGCAUUGUAAACAUUACAGGACUUCCAAAGGAGACAACAGUCAAACCAGAAUGGGCAUCUUAGUGAAUCUUAUUCCCUUCAAAGUAGGUGCUUAUACCCUCAAACUUGAUACUAUCAUAUAGAAUGGAACAGAGUCUAAUCAGUCAAAACAAGAUCGUGGGGGUAUUACAGGACUUCAAAACAAGUUAACAGUAAAUCAAAAAGAGUUACUAUAAUAUAUGCUAAUUAAAAAAAUUUUUCCCCUUAAUUAAAAAACAUAAGAAAUAACUAAAUAAUUUUUUUAAAGAAUAAGGGAGAGAUUGAGAUAAGCUCCAACAUGGCGUGGAUCUCAGGAGACACUGCUAGAUCUCCCCCUGGAAGGGCUGCAGGCUGCCACCCUGCCUCCACUCACAGGGAGGGGAGAUGCUGGCUUGGCUUCCCAGAGACCUAAGCUCCAACAGGGCUAGGAUCUCAGGAGACACUGCUAGUUCUCCCCCUGGAAGGGCUGCAGUGGGCUAAACUACUGCCGCUUACCAGGGAGGGGAGGUGCUGGCUUGGCUUCCCAGAGUCCUAAGUUCCAGCAUGGUGUGGAUCUCAGGAGACACUGCUAGUUCUCCCCCUGGAAGGGCUGCAGUGGGCUAAACUACCGCCGCUUACCAGGGAGGGGAGGUGCUGGCUUGGCUUCCCAGAGUCCUAAGCUCCAGCAUGGCGUGGAUCUCAGGAGACACUGCUAGUUCUCCCCCUGGAAGGGCUGCAGGCUGCCACCCUGCCUCCACUUACAGGGAGGGGAGAUGCUGGCUUGGCUUCCCAGAGUCCUAAGUUCCAGCAUGGCUUGGAUCUCAGGAGACACUGCUAGUUCUCCCCCUGGAAGGGCUGCAGGCUGCCACCCUGCCUCCACUUACAGGGAGGGGAGAUGCUGGCUUGGCUUCCCAGAGUCCUAAGUUCCAGCAUGGCGUGGAUCUCAGGAGACACUGCUAGUUCUCCCCCUGGAAGGGCUGCAGGCUGCCACCCUGCCUCCGCUUACAGGGAGGGGAGGUGCUGGCUUGGCUUCCCAGAGUCCUAAGCUCCAGCAUGGUGUGGAUCUCAGGAGACACUGCUAGUUCUCCCCCUGGAAGGGCUGCCGUGGGCUAAGCUACCACCGCUUACCAGGGAGGGGAGGUGCUGGCUUGGCUUCCCAGAGUCCUAAGUUCCAGCAUGGCGUGGAUCUCAGGAGACACUGCUAGUUCUCCCCCUGGAAGGGCUGCAGGCUGCCACCCUGCCUCCGCUUGCAGGGAGGGGAGGUGCUGGCUUGGCUUCCCAGAGUCCUAAGUUCCAGCAUGGCGUGGAUCUCAGGAGACACUGCUAGUUCUCCCCCUGGAAGGGCUGCAGUGGGCUAAACUACCGCCGCUUACCAGGGAGGGGAGGUGCUGGCUUGGCUUCCCAGAGUCCUAAGUUCCAGCAUGGCGUGGAUCUCAGGAGACACUGCUAGUUCUCCCCCUGGAAGGGCUGCAGGCUGCCACCCUGCCUCCGCUUGCAGGGAGGGGAGGUGCUGGCUUGGCUUCCCAGAGUCCUAAGUUCCAGCAUGGCGUGGAUCUCAGGAGACACUGCUAGUUCUCCCCCUGGAAGGGCUGCAGUGGGCUAAACUACCGCCGCUUACCAGGGAGGGGAGGUGCUGGCUUGGCUUCCCAGAGUCCUAAGUUCCAGCAUGGCUUGGAUCUCAGGAGACACUGCUAGUUCUCCCCCUCGAAGGGCUGCAGGCUGCCACCCUGCCUCCGCUUACAGGGAGGGGAGGUGCUGGCUUGGCUUCCCAGAGUCCUAAGUUCCAGCAUGGUGUGGAUCUCAGGAGACACUGCUAGUUCUCCCCCUGGAAGGGCUGCAGUGGGCUAAACUACCGCCACUUACCAGGGAGGGGAGGUGCUGGCUUGGCUUCCCAGAGUCCUAAGUUCCAGCAUGGCGUGGAUCUCAGGAGACGCUGCUAGUUCUCCCCCUGGAAGGGCUGCAGGCUGCCACCCUGCCUCCGCUUGCAGGGAGGGGAGGUGCUGGCUUGGCUUCCCAGAGUCCUAAGUUCCAGCAUGGCUUGGAUCUCAGGAGACACUGCUAGUUCUAAUAACUGUGUUUUUAAGUACUGCAAAUUUAAAUGUGUAUGUGCGAAAGUGAGUCCACUUUAAAAAAAAGAACAGUCAACCAUGAAGCCUUUUCAUCCAUGUAGUUUAUACUUUAUAUAAAGUUAUAUUUUUAUUUUUGAAUUACUUUGUGAUAAGGGUGAUUAUUCCUAUCAGUGAGUUGUAUUAACCUCUUUAGUGAAGUCUUCCUAUUUUCUGUUUAUUUUGAGGAUGUAUUUUAAAACUUUUGCAUUCUUCAGUAAUUGUUCUAUCUUCUAUAGAAAAAUUUGGGAGCAUACAGAAAGUUGAAGGAAAAUUUUAAAUUGUCACUGUUCCCCUCCCAGGAAACAAUUGUUAGGUACAUUUCUUUUCAAUUUUCAACAUUUUUAAAUUAAGUUUAGGGGACCAGAAAUUUACAAGUGAAUUCCCCAAAGAAAACUUAGGCAUGACAAUUUUUUUUCUUGUACCAGGGAUCGAACUCAUGACCACACGCUCGCAAGGCAGACAUUUAUGCUACUGAGCUAAAUCCCCAGCUAGACAUGACAAACUGAGCUCAAGUCUCUCAUCUCCCCUAUCCUAGACCCGUACUACUAAGUAACUACUGUUUUGUAUUUCAUAUGUAUUGUCCUAGAGCAUUCCCCAGUCUGUGGUGUUCUGUUAUUAGCAACAGAGAACAGAUUAAGACAGAGAGUUCCUUCAGGAGGUGACUAGUGGCAAAACAGUGACUUGUGAGGAUCUGGGGGACCCUUCGAGGCAGAAGCCACAGGAGGUGCAAAGCCCUACACCAUUGUUCUUGGGGAGCAUGUUCUAGAAUAGCAGGGAGCCUAGUGUGGUGACAGAGUCCUGUGGGUCAGGGAAAAACAUGGGGAUAAGAUCAGAGAAGUCAACAUCCACAGAGCUCUGUGGUUCAUGGCAGGAGCUUUGGUUCUCCUUUAAGAGUUGGGGAAGCCGGAGCAGGAGCCAGAGUCUGGUUUCCAUUCAGCCAAGGACCCCUGGUUAGGCCACAGGAGGUCGAGCAUGCUAAUACCAUUAACUCUAUUAUACAGUUUCAUGGAAACGUUUGUGUGCAUACUUAAUUGGAAGAGAAUUAGAGAUUGUUUCCUCUUUAUCAUGGACAUUUUCCAGCAUGUAGUAGAAUAGUCUACUGUUCAUUAGAAUUUGAUGCAUUAAAUUUCAGUACUUAACAACCCAGUUGCUGGUCUUUAUCAUCUACACCUCUGCCUGCUCCCAGCUCAAUUCCAGCCAACUCUAUCUUUUAUUUAUUUUUAAAAAAUUUUUUUGUCUUUUUCAUUUUUAUUGGUACCAAGGAUCGAACUCAUAACCGCCUGCUUGCAAGGCAGGUGCUUAUGCCGCUGAGCUAAAUCCCCAGCUCCUAUCUUUUAUUUUUAAUUAAUUAACUUAUUUUUUUGGUAUCAGGGAUCCAACUCGCAACCUCACAGUUGCCAGCCUCAACUCUGUCUUUUUUUUUGUGUGUGUGUGUUUUUCCUUUUUAUCGGUACCAGGAAUCGAACUCACGACUGCCUGCUUCCAUUAUGUCGCUGAGCUAAAUCUCCAGCCCUUCAACUCUGUCUUUUAAAAACGUGACUGCAGUCCUACAGGAAAACCCUAUUUGGGUAUUUUGGAGUUUUGUUUUUGUUGUUCGUUUGUUUAACAUCCCAUAGUGAGAAUUCAGGUUUACCAUCUCGUGUUUUGCAUUUUAGAAGCCAUGUGUUCUGUCUAUGUUUGUGCAAGACUUUAUGUCCAUGUUUGCACCCAUUUCAAGAAGCACAUGGUGGUGGGGGAUAACAGACAAUCUCCCAACCUCCCCUUCCAUUCUCAAGGGUAGGAAUGUGGAAAAAAAUUAUUUCAGGGUGAAGUAAAAUGCUAGGAGAACAGGAAGGACCAUCGUGUGGGGAUUCAAGUCAGCGCCGUGCUUUGCUCUGGCAGGAAUCUGGAUGGUUCCCAAUGGAAAGGGUUGCCAGGGAAUCUUCCAGAGAGAUGGAAAUGUUCUGUGGCCACAUCUACAUGACUUGCAUAUCUACCAGCCAAUUAAACUAGAACCUUGAGAUCUGUGCAUCUCACUAUAUACCUCCAAGAGUGGGAAGAAGAGUCCUGUGAACAGCAGGCUUGAGCACAGGUCUGAUGGAAGGGGGCACUGACACAGGCAGCAGCCUGUUUGAGUUUAGACAGCCAUGCAAGCUGAUGCCAAGAGCAGGGUGCCCAUGAAGAGAGGGACUGCAAGCAAAUGCACAGAAGACAGGACUCCGCAAGCUGUAAGCAAACCAGCAGAGUGAGAGGCAGUGAGGUAGGGCUGGGUGUGCUGUGGGUAGUCAGGGCAGGCACAGCUGAGGCUGUGUGCAAGGUUUCUCAUCCCACUUAAAGGUACAGGGAGCCAGCUGUUCCCGCAGCCCCACCUCACAGUGGCUAACACUGGUGCCACUUUGAGAGCCAGAGAAGUUUGCUCAGGGCCAUUCGGAGGCUUCCAGGACCCCAGGAAACCCAGCAGGAGCAAACUGCAGCGAGCAGGCACCUUCCUCACCGGCUGCAGCCCUGAGUAGCUGCUGGUAGUUGUCAGUCAGGCUCUGAGACCCUGCCAGCGACUCCUGUGCCAUUUGAGUCCCUGCUUAUUGAGUAGGCUAGAUAACUACCUUACACUCGGGCCAUCUGAAGUAUUUCCUGGCGGGAACACUGUAGUUGGCAGCCGCUGAGCCACUUUCCAUUCGGUGAAGGUCAGAGGCCGAGGCUGCACUUUGUGGAUGCGGGUGGAGACUCCUGGUCUCACGGGGAAAGUGCACUUAGCCUUGGCCUCUUGGCUGAGCACAGAGGUUGGCUUGGAGGUCACUGUGCCGUGACAUGUCGGGCCUGGCUAGAACCAGCUAGUGUGGCCUUACUGUGGAGGAAAAUGGGCCACAUGGGACUUCUGUGCAAGCUUAGCAAAGUUGACACUAGAAUUUCCUUUUAGUCUGGGUGAACCUGCUUGGUCACCUACCUGGGAUGCAGAGCUGUGGCUCUAUUCCAGGUCUCCUUGAGGGGGAAUAGGAGAAAUAAAGACCAGUAAAGAGACAAGAAAAUCUCCGUCUCUGUCCCUGUGUGUGUGUGUGUGUGUGUGUACAAGACAUCAAACUCAGGGUUGUUCUCCACUGAGCUAUAUCCCCACCCCCUUUUAUUUUUAAAAUCUUUUUAUGUUUUGGAGACAGAGUGUUACUAACUUUCCCAGCUGGGUCUUCAAGUUGAGAUUCUCCUGCCUCAGCUUCCCACAGAGCUAUGGUUACAGGAUUGCCACUGUUCCCAGCUGAAAAUCAUGCUUAAAUUGUAUUUUUAAGAAAACGCUUCAGGACACCAAAAUCACCCAUUCACAAUGCUUUUUUUCCUUCCAGAAAACUCCCUCCCGUGUUUUUAUCCCUAAAGUUCUUAAAGACUCAAUUGGGGCCUGUGCUUUUUACCUGGUGUAUCAGGAUUUAGUAGAGAAACAUGUAACACAAGAUACACAAAUGUGUAUGAAAUUACAAGAUUGGCUUACAGCGGUCAGCCACAGAGUCGGAGGAGGGAGAGGAGAGAGGGUGUCUGCACGCUGGAGGUGGAGGGUCCCGCCCAAGGGCUGGCGCUCACUGCAGUGUCUCUUGUAAGUCUGUAUUAGGAGGCUGAUGGGUGUGUGAGGGAAAGCUGAAAAGUUGCAGGUGGGAGCUGAACAGUGAGCCAGAAACCAGGAGGCCGAGUCCAAGCUGAAGGUGAGGACUGGAGCUCCUCCAGCAACCAGCGAUCAGGCUUCUCUCGUGCCUUUAUUGUGUGCAGGCUGCUCCCCUGGGGUGGGUGUAGCACUCCUAAGAUCUGCAGCAUGCUCCUCUUAUACAGGCUGAGGAUGUUUCAAACUAAGGACUCUGACCCCCUGCUGAAUCAUUUAGGUAACUUCUGACCUCCUCAAAUUGACAGGAAGAACAAUAGGCUAGAAUGGUAAAGGCUUGUCCUCUACCUACAGGAUGCAGAGCUGCUGAGUUAUGCUUCUAGACUUCUCAGGUGGACACAAUGAUUCAACCGUAACACCUGUAAAUGGCUCUUCAUCUCACAGACCUCCCUGCGCUCAAGAAAUCAGCAUGGGGCGGAGGAUGUAGCUCAGUGGUAUAAGUGCCUGCCUGGCAAGCUCAGGGUCGUGAGUUUGAUCCCCAGUCCAAAAACACCAACAACAAAAGCAGCCCCGCUAAGUGGGCAGCUGAUCUCUAAAUUUCAAACACAUGCAGAUGGUUUGCAUUCUGUCCUGGCCCACUAAAGGGGUGGCCUGACUAGAUCAACCAUUAUGAUAUUCUCCGGCGUUUACUAAUGGUAGGUGGGAAAACACCCUGAGAUCGAGACCAAAAGGCUAGAUUGAAUUCUGUCUACCUACAGGCAGGCUGACAGCAGAGUGAUAAUCAGCAGAUAUCUGAAGGGCAGGCUAAGUAUGUGUAGGAUUUGGGGUAGAUGGUCAUACUCCCAGAGAUGCUCUCUAGAUGGAAGCUUUGAGGUCAGAGCUGCAAGAAAGAUCAGCAUAGCUGUGUGGACACUGCCAGGCAUCUAGGAGACUACAGGUCCACUCCUAAUUUCUUCAUGGCCAUCAAGUCUUGUGUGCUGAGGGCAGCCUAGAUCCUGGUGUUUGUAGAGGGCAGUGCACAGGUCUCUCAGGUAGGUCAGGCUGACACUAUGGCCAUAAAACCCCCAACCCAGAUCCAUAAUGACCUCUGUGAAGGACCCACACUCUGCUCUCUGAAUGUGUCCUCUUUCAUUCUGCCCAGUGAUGUGUUCUGCCGGCCUGGGGCUUAGCUACAACUUAACAUGGCACACAGCCAGUUAGGCACCAGGCCCCGAAAAACUGCAGCCUGUCUCUCCAAAAGUAACUUCUGUGUUCUUCUAGUUCUGGAAAUAAACCUCCCACUCCCUUUUUGCACGUGCUCCAAGCCUUCUCCAAUCCCAAGCCUCCAUAACCACCCAAGUGCUCUGCCCCUAGCCUGACUCCAUAAAAGCCCUUCCCAUUUGGGAACGAAUGUCAGGCUUUUCUCGUGGAGUGCAAGAGCGCCUUUGAGCAGGGUUCUAGCCAAGGGGGGAAGGUACUCAACAAGUGCACCCAUCCAUUCAGCACCCCAUCCGGGACGAGAGGAAAGGCAGCCGUUCAGUGAUCACUCAUUCAGCCCAUACUUUCUGAGCGCCUGUGUCAGGCUAAGGGUGUAAUUAGAUAGACCCAGUGCCUGCAGUGUGCCUUGGGAUGCAAGAACCACACGAGACAUACACAAAAGCUGGAUAGUGCUUAAAUGUCCUGCCCCAGCCAUCGGCCAACCAGUGCACCUAAAAGUAAACCUCCUUUGAGUGUUUUAUGUGUCUUAGCAUCUACCUGUAAAUACACAAAAAUCAACAAAUUUACUGUAAAUUGUGAUAGCUCUACAACAAAUAUGAAAAUAGUCCUAAAUUUAUGGUAACUGCACAAUUUUAAAUACAUAAAUCUUUUAAGAAUUAUUUAAGAUCCAUAAAAAACUAAAAUUUUGGAGAAAAUUUUAGAUGUUAAUUAGCAAAACAGCAUUAUUUCUUAAUAUGACUCAGUGAUAUAAAUAUGUUAAUUUUUUCCUACUUAAAUGUUCAGCACAACUUAAGUAAUAUUGUCAGCCUCUACCUGAGAGAGACCAAGAGGCCCCAGGUCUCCCUUUGUAAACAAUGGAAGACAGUAAGUUGCUCUUGAUAAACAAGAAGUAAGGGCAAUAAAUACAUUUAGAAAAAUCUCCCUGGCACCAAAUUGUUUUGUUUUGUUUUGAAUUUUGGUGCCAGGGAUCAAACUCAUGACCCUGCGUGUUCUAGGCAGGUGCUUGUGCCACUGAGCUAAAUCCACAGCCCCUGGCCCCCAGUUCUGUCCACGUACCUCACUGAGUGUCCCUGCAGCUUGACCUUAGACACUUCAUCCAGACGCCUGGAUAUUCUAACCCUGCUCAAAACUCCUGUGUAUAUUUCGCUUCCCCUCCAGGUAGCUGCCAGUAUCACUCUGAUGUCAGCCGCCUGUGUGUAGGUAAAAUCCGAUCUUUCCCACAGCCUCUGUCUCUGAGUUUUGCCUUAGGUCUUCAUUUACCUAACAAAUACUGCAAAGGCAGAUUUAGAGACGUGAUUUCUGGUGAGCAUGAUCUGUGCUUUGAUUGUGGUGGGAGCUGUACAACAUGUAAACUGUAUGAUAGAACUCACCUAACUGUGAUCUUUGCAGGUGAAUUUUAACUUCUGUUGUAAUCUUGAUUUGCCAAACUGCAGUGUCAUCUUUUGGGAACUCAAUGAAAAAUUCUAAAGUCAAUCUGGAAUAGUGAAUGUGAAAAAUAGUUAUAUAAGGAAAAAGAAAGGAAAUUAGUGAAAACAGGACAGCAAGGAAGAUCUUGUCCUAUCUAUAUUAACAUGUUACUAAACCAUAGUAAUUUUUAAAGUGUAGCAUUUAGCAUUUAACAGGAAGAAGAAAUCAAAAGUAAGUAUAGAAACAGAUCAAUGUUAUAUAAAGUUUUACUAAGCAACAAAUUAUAUUGGUGAAGAUUAUUAACAAUCAGUAUUGUAGCAGUGAUUAAUGAAAAGUAAAUUCUAAUGUCUUACAUUAAAAUGAACUCCAGAUGGAUAAAAUAUUUGAAUUUUUAGAAUAUAAUCAGAACUUGUAGCAGAAGUCCAUGUGAACAGCUAUGCUGUCUAGAGGUGGAUCUGCCCAGCGUCCUGGCCGUGCCCUGCCCGCACUCCUCUGGGAAGCAGCCCACUCGCACACAUUGCUGAGGAGCCACAGCCACAUGCGGAGCAGAUGAUCACACUCACUGAAACCCCGAGCCGCUGGGUUCCCAGGCUGAACCAAGCAGGUCAUGUCUCUGGAAGAUGAACAGGAAAGGACAGAACUAUCCGUAAGGGAGCUGCAGCAAGGAGGCAUCGUGAAAAGACCAGAGCCAGGACAGAAGUGGCAAGGACAGGCCCCCAUGCUGACGGAAAUGAUGCAUGCAAGCCAGUCGCCCAGGACGCCUCCUGGUAAAGACGAGAGGCAGUCAGGCGGAGAAAGUGGGAACCUAAAAGAAAGGUUUCUUGGGAAACAGUUCCUAAUUAUUUAAAUUAAAACAGCUGAUUAAAAUUAAAACUGAUGUGCAGCCUCCAA